AUGACGUCUCCAAAACGACGGAUCGAGACGGACGUCAUGAAACUCCUCAUGUCGGACUACGAGAUCACGCUGAUCAACGAUAGCAUGCAGGAAUUCUACGUUCGAUUUCACGGACCACAAGAGACACCCUUUGCCGGCGGUGUAUGGAAGAUCCACGUCGAGUUGCCAGAUCAGUAUCCCUACAAGUCGCCCUCAAUCGGCUUUAUGAACAAGAUCUUCCACCCCAACAUCGACGAGCUCUCCGGCUCUGUCUGUCUCGACGUCAUCAACCAGACCUGGUCGCCCAUGUUUGACUGCAUCAACAUCUUUGAAGUCUUCCUUCCACAGCUGCUGCGCUACCCAAACCCCACCGAUCCGCUCAAUGGUGAAGCGGCUGCCUUACUCAUGCGUGAGCCCAAGACAUACGAGGCACGCGUCAAGGACUACGUCCAGCGCUUUGCGACGAGAGAAGCAGCCAAUGCGGCGGGUGAGGAGGACGAUGAGGACGAAGAGGAAGACGAUGAUGAGAUGUCGGACGUGGGCAGCUUUUCGGACCACGAACCUAUGGGUGACAUGGAGAUGUGA